UCGAUCAUGAAGUGCGACGUCGACAUCCGCAAGGACCUCUACGCCAACGUCGUGCUCUCGGGCGGCACCACCAUGUACGCCGGCAUCGCCGACCGCAUGUCCAAGGAGAUCACCGCCCUCGCGCCCGCCUCGAUGAAGGUCAAGAUCAUCGCUGUGUGCUUGGAAUAG